AUGGCCCAAUUAGCAGACAGGGUUCGACAGGUCGAACGUUUAAAAGCUGAAAAGGCCAGAGCGAAUAAGAAUUAUAAGAAAGAAAGGGUUGCUUAUGUCGAAUUCGAAGAUGAGGAGUCUGAAAUCUCUAAUGACCCUUAUGGUCUCGAGGAAUUCGAAGUAGAUUUGGCUGAAUUAAAAGAAGCACCACCUUAUGCUUAUAAAUUACUUAUACCUUCAAAUGGCAGGAACCCUGUCGAAAUUGAAAAGAAUGAUAGAUUUCCUAAAAAGACUUACACAUUUGAUGUUACCAAAUGUGAUGAAAUCUUCGAUUUAUUAGUAAAAUAUGGCCAAAUGAUAGUGCCUCCUAAUACCAAAAUUCCUCCGUUAGAACAACAGAAGAAAAGAGGCUUCUGUAAAUAUCACAAUUUUUUAGGCCAUAAAACCUCACAAUGCUUUCUUUUCAGGGAUCUUAUUCAGAAUGCAAUUAAGGAUGGCCGCCUCAAGUUCGCUGACAGGGGGAAAAACCAGAUGAAGGUUGACGCUGACCCCCUCAACGUUGUUGACACAAAUUAUGCUGAACCUGUCGAAAUCAACAUGAUUGACAUGGUGGAAGUGGAGGUUGUGAAGGAAACAGGAACUGAAGGCUCUUUGCUAGUUGGAAAGCAGGCUACUGAUGGCCUAAAUAAUGAUGUUCCCUUUGGAAUUUCUGUCAAAGGAGAAUAG